AUGCGGCGCAUUCCCAGCAAGCCCAGGCCUAAUUUCUCACGCCUCAUCAACAGUCAGGGCUUGGUAUACGCUGACAGCGUAAUCCAAGAACAUUCAGAUCCUUACUGGCCAGACAAUCGGUAUUACUCUUUCACAUCCGAGGAAAUCGAACUUCUUGAGAAAGCAUCCCAAGAUGUUUUUAACAUGUGUUGUGAAGCAGCCGACUAUCUGGUUCUUCAUCCUGAUGUGAUAACCAGCAAAAUGGCCAUACCUGCGUUCGCGCUGAAGCAUAUAACUGAGUCUUGGAACCGGGAGCCUGCUUGGGGUAGCAUCUACGGCCGUUUCGAUGUUUGUUUUGGCGGCCUAGACCAUCCGGACAAGCGCCUCAGAACGCCUAAGUUUUACGAGUUCAAUGCAGAUACUCCAACGACGCUUGUUGAGUCGAGUUCCAUCCAAUGGCUUUGGCUGCAGCAAACAGGCCUAGGCAACGAUCAAUUCAAUAGCAUAACUGAAUGCUUAGUGGAGGGCUGGAAGAGAAACCUUCAGCUUAUAGAGAAGGAACUCGGCCACAAGCCAGUCGUUCAUUUUGCAUCCUGCAAAGAGCCUAGUGGCGAGGACGCUAUGAAUACCCUUUUGCUUGGGGAGACAUGCAGAGACGCAGGCUGGCAGGUGAAAUAUAUCGCUCUAGAGGAACUAUCCCUCAAUAAGCGCGAUGGGCGAUUCUAUGAUACGGACGGCCAACAUAUCGACGUAAUCUUUAAGAUGUAUCCUUGGGAGUAUAUGGUGGAGGAGCCUUUUGCAGAGGCGUGUUUUAAGGAUAUGGAUAACAUCGGCAAGCAUGACGACGCUGGGAAUUACGUUGGGGGAACUAUCUGGGUCGAAGCGCCAUAUAAGAUGCUAUGGAGCAAUAAGGCGUUAUUCGCUAUUAUGUGGGAUCUUUUUAAGGAUGACCCGCGGUCAAAAUGGCUUCUUCCAACGUAUUUAGAGGGAGAAGCGCCUGAGUCUUUGAUAAGCUUUGCGCGAAAGCCUAUCUAUGCGCGCGAGGGCUGCGACGUAACGCUAAUAAAGGACGGCGAAGUUAUUAACGACCUAUCUACAGGAUACUACGGAGCGGAGGGUUAUGUCGUCCAGGAGCUUGCGGUAUUACCCGAAUUUAAAGACGAAAUGGGCGUCUUAUACUAUCCGGUCAUUGGGCUUUGGUUUGUUGAUGGCGAACCGGCAGGGAUGGCAACUCGCGAAGAUAAUAAGCCUAUUACAGCCAAUUCGUCGAAAUUCAUCCCGCACUCUAUCUCGGACGGACCAUUAAACUAUGAGCGGACUAGUAUUCCUACGGCAGAUGAGAUUGAGGACUCGCUCAGAUGCAAUGCGUAUAUGGAUCCCUGGGCAAAAACGGAAAACAAGGACAUUAUCGAAUUUAUCCAACGACUAACUAUGAAUUAA